CGGCUGUUGCCGGUCCGCACGCGAGGCGCGCCCCGUCCGUCAAGCCCUUCGUGCGCCGCCAGACCACGUGGUAUCGCGCGCCGGUUCGAUUCCCGAUCGCGGCGCGCGCGAACCUUCGAAGCCAACUUCACGCGUGUCGCGCGCUCGAGUCUCGCGCUCGCGGCCCCGUUAUUUAUUUCCCCGCGGAUGAGACCGUUGACGGGGAGAGAACGUCACGCGUGGCAGUAAAACCCGACUCGAAAUUCGAAUUUCUGACAAGAGCCGCGAGUGACAUGCCGGCGAGGAGCGGCUAUUGAUCCCCCGUGUCCCCGUCCACGUUCGCAAGUGCGUGCCAGUGCGGUGAUAUGUCCAGGAGGAAGCAGGCGAAGCCUCGAUCUCUCAAACGGGACGAAGAGUGGGACGACGGUAACGAGCAGAAUGUCCUGGAAGCGGCCGAACAGGAUAACGAAACGACGGCGAUUAAGCAAGAUGAUGAAGAGGAGGAGGAAGAGGAGGAGUUACAACGAGCGUUCAGCCGUCAGUCAGAAGAUUACCUGCAGGAUGGUAGGUCGACUUCCGUCCAAGGCCCGGAUCUAGAAAAUCAGAACAGCCUCGACAGCGAGGCCCUGGGAACCGGAAGUUCCUCAUGGCACAGCGAGGAUGGCGGGCCCAACUCGCGUCGCGGCGGCGAGACGCCGUCCUCCUGCGCGACGCCGACAUCGGCCAGCUUCCCGUCGGAGCCCGAGGUCGACGCCGACGUCGGUGUCAAUCCCGACGGCAAUAAUCCCGCCGCCCCGUACCCCUGCCAAUUCUGCGACAGGACAUUUCCGCGGCUCAGCUAUCUGAAGAAGCACGAACAGAGCCAUGGCGAUCAGAUGCCGUAUCGAUGCAGUUGGUGCAACAGACUGUUCAAGCAUAAACGGAGUCGCGAUCGUCACGUGAAGUUGCAUACCGGGGACAGACGGUACCGCUGCUCGAAAUGUGAGGCCGCCUUCUCCAGAAGCGAUCACCUGAAGAUCCACUUGAAGACGCACGACACCCAGAGGCCUUAUCAGUGCACGGCCUGUACGAGAGGCUACAGCUCAGCCGCGGCCUUAACGUCGCACAUGCAAUCUCACAAGAAGCAUCACCAGUCGUCAUCCUCUCAGUCGGCCGGUAAGCUCCAGGAUGUCGAUUACGGUAGGAGAAGCGUCUCCUCGCACAGCACGUCCUCGCCGCCGGUGCCGUCGUCGCCGUCGCCGUCGCUGAACCUCAGCCUGAACCCGAGGAACAUCCUGAAGACGUCGCAAGUCACCGGCAGUGCCUCCACCACGCCGAUUCUCAACUCGCCCCUGAAGCUCACGUGCAUGUACUGCACCCGGGAUUCGUUCAGCUGCAUACAGCAGCUGCAGAUGCACGUGCGUACGAUGCACCAGGCCAUCCUCAGCGGCGCAGAUAGUGGUUUAGCGCGACCACCGUCGCCGAAUAGAACGUCGAACGAGCAGCAGGCGGUGUUCUGCUCGCGCGACAAGCCGCCCGAUUGUCAGGACGGGCCGAAGGACCCGCGCUCGGACCGGAAGUACCCGCCAGAGGAACGAGCUGACAGACCCGCCGGCGAGCGGGAUCACUACGAGAACGCGUUCACCUGCGACCUCUGCACCAUGAAAUUCUCCACUCUGGCCUGCCUGCGCGACCACUCGCUCUCGAUACACCGGGUCGACAGCGGCUUCGGCACGACGAUGGUGAUAUGCCCGCUGUGCGGCAUCCCGUGCACCUCGGCGGCGACCUACGCCGAGCAUUACGUUCUCCAGCAUUGCGAGAAUCGCCGACCAGCGCCGACGACCGGUAUGGAUUACGGCGAGACGAAGCUGAACGGCGUUUACGACGGCGCCGCGAUGAGAGACACCAGGAUGCCGAAGAACAGGGACGUCCCCGAGGCCGCCGAUCUCACGAACAAACGUCCGACCAGACCGUCCGCGGAUGCCACCACCACUGCCGCCGCUAGUUACACCGCCGAUACUCUUUUGUGCGGGCAGUGCAACGCCGCGCUGAAGGACUUCGAGUCCUUCCGCGAACACGUGGCUCGGCACCUGCAGGCCGACCACCGCAACCAGGAGAUCUCCGCCCGGCAGCACUUGUGCCCCAAGUGCGAGGCCGUAUUCCCGACCCGCGAAGACAUGCUGGCACACCUGACCAAGCACUACCUGGGCCAGGUCAGCAAGGAAUACGCAUGCGGCGCCUGCAAGAAGCUCUAUCCACAUCCGGACCAACUCCAGAGGCAUCUGCUCGACGCCCACGCGCAUCAUCUCUACCGUUGCGCCCUGUGCCGGGACACGUUCGACUCCAAGGUGGCGAUACAGGUGCACUUCGCGGUCAAGCACAGCCAGGAGUGCCGAAUCUAUCGAUGCAGCGUGUGCGCCGUGUCCAACAAUGAGAACUCGCCGCCGGGAAGUGCGAACGCGGCGGCGGUUUCCGGCGACGGCAGGAGCUUCUUCCGGAGCGAGGCCGAGAUCGCGGCCCACGUGCGCAACGUGCACGCGCCACCCUCCAUCGUUUCGUCCCUGAUGAACAGCAGUCCCGUCGGGGCUGCCACGAGAAGUCCGGCUUCAACGCCCGGCGUCGUCGGGGCGCGCUGCGUCUUCUGCGGCAUCUGCUGCGGCUCGGAGCUCGAGCUUCAGCUUCACCUGGCCAGCCACUCGGCCAGUCUCUAUAGGUGUCCCAUUUGCAGGGAGGGUUUCGCGGUGGAGUUCCUGCUGGAUCGACACGUAGCUCAGGUCCACCAUCAGGCGGUGCAGGAUCAUCAGACGCCGUUGGUUAGGAACAGGGAAAACGGACGCGUUCAACGAUCUAAUAGAAAUCAGGAGGAAGCGAAAUCGUUGAAGAGAGGUCGUUCGCCAGCGUCGAGCAACAACAACUCCGUGAGUCAGCGCGACAACAACAACAAACGUUCGAAUUACGGCAACUCCGGUCAGCAAUGCGAGCUCUGCGAGCGCGGCGAAUUCGCGAAUGAAGCCGAGUUGCAGGCGCACAAGAAGCUCGCUCACACGCCACCCAAGCUAUCCAACAAGAGUCUGUCCACCUUGAGCAUGACGUGCGGCUAUUGCGGCGAGAUAUGUCGCUCGAGAAGCGAGCUGGAAUCCCACACGAGACUGCAGCACGCGUCCAACGAGCCGGGCGGACGUCACAAGUGCAACAUCUGCGACGAGGUGUGUCCGUCCGGCGCGAGUCUGGCCGAGCACAAGCUGCAGAAACACUGCAAGAUCCAGCUGAGCGACACGUGCGUGGUGUGUCGCGGUUGCCUCACGUCGGAGAGCCAGUUCCUGGACCACGUGCAGAGACACAGUCUGGAGAACGUGGACCCGCAGCAACGACUGGACAGCACGCUGCCCCAUCUGCCCGCGCCAUGCGUCGUCUGCCGUCAGACGCUGAUCAGCGACCUGGAGUGUCGUCUGCACGCGCGACAUCACCUACGAACGUCCUCGGGUUCUCGCAGCGCCGGCGCCAGCCCGGCCAGUCCCGGCGGCAAAGGCCAGAGUCAGGGUUGCUGCCUCUGCCUGCGCGACUUCGCGGCCGAGGACUUUGUCAAUCUGCCGCCCAAUCCCGCCAGCACGAGCGGACAGUUACUCAGGGUCUGCAAGCCGUGCUACAUGCGACACUCCCAGGGUCUGCCUAUUCUGAACUCGACGACCUACGAGCAUCGGGCGAAAUAUGAGGCGACCUGGCUCGCGAACAAAGACGGCCAGUGGGACGGAGCUAAGGACAAGUGGGAGCACGAGAGAGGGUCGCUCAAGGUAGAGGAUCGGCCGAGGAACGAGGGAAACGCGGAUAAGAAGCGCUGCGAGGAGUGCGGGGUGAAGUUCGAGGAUUUCGAAGAGGCGGAGAAGCACCGGCUCGCCGAGCACGAGAAGCCUGGCGGUGGUGGCUCGAAUACCUACACCUGUAUACAGUGUCAAAUGUCAUUUCCAAGCGAGGCGAAAAUUCAGCAGCACGUGAGAAAGGAACAUUUGGAUGCAUCCGGAAAAGCGUCCUUGGAGGCUUUACGGUGCCACUUGUGCUUAUUUGAGGCUGCGAGUCCUAUGCAGCUGCAAAUUCACUUAAUAGAGCACACUUUCGCCGGUUGUGCCGCUCUUAGCUGUUACAUCUGCCAGUCGCUCUUCACAACUCCCAUUGGCCUUCAGAAUCACAUGCUGCAGGAACACGGUCUGGACGCGCGACCGUAUGAUUGUUCCAAGUGCACGCUAAAGUUCUUCUUCAGCGCGGAACUGGACCACCACGUGCUGACCUUCCACCGUUCAGGAGAAAAGACGCAGUCUUCAUCGGGCGAGAAUAUUCGCGAGGUGAAAAAUCACGAGUCCGAGAAGCGCGACGGCGGCGGCGUAACGGUGAAAGAGGAGGUAAUACAAAGCGGCAAGGAAGAGGAGGAGGAAGAGGAGGAAGUGAACGUAGAUCAGGUAGGACAAGCGGAACACGGGGAGGCUGGACGAGAGGAGCAGAAACUGAAGACGGAAGUGGACGACGAGGUGACGUCCGGCAGAAUGGAAUCGUGACUUUCUGCGUGACGUUUCGUUCCAUUCUGGGAUUAAUUGAUUAUUAGCAAUUUGUUGUUUAAGUUGUUCAAGCUGUAACGACAUUAAGUGUUGGUGAAUAUUCCCUACGACAACGACAACGACAUCGACUUGCAGACGGGGCUGUUGAAGUUCGACAGUAUUAACUAAGAGUAUUAUCGAUGAAGAUUCCCGAUGAUUAUCCCAGAUGAUUAGUUUUUUACACGGCGAAAAUGGAACUUUGAUUGUAAAACUGCGUGACGCCUCUUUUAUCCUCAAAUUCCGAUGUCGAUUUCAAGUUUAGCCGAAUAUUCAUGUUCUCAAGAAACAUAGGCUUGUUUAUGUUAAGUUUGAUGAGAGAAUAUCUGAUAUUAAUCUCAUGUCGUUUCAAACAAGUAUGUUUAGUUUUAUGAUUAUGAUUAUAGAAGUAUAAUGCCUAAACUUUUUCCUUUUCCGAGCGCUUCAAUGAUCAACGGCAAACGUCUGGCUGUUCUAACAAAGUUCGCCUGACUGUCAAAAUUAAAGCAAUCAUAAUCUUAAAUAUAUAUAUAUAUAUAUAUAUACAUUUAUAUAUUGUAUCAAUACCGAUUGUUAUUAAAUUUACGUUAUACAUGUUAAUACUUGAAUUAAUGCUUGAAUUUCAGAGAAAGGAGGAUCUAAAUCCUAAAUUUCAAUGAGUCGAAUCCCAGAUAUUGGUACAGAAAAAUCGAUUUAAUCUCUUUGUAAAUGUAUCAAUCUUGAAAUUAUUUUCACACGCAAGUUACUCAGAAAUUUUGUGAACAAAAGAGAUUCUGAGUAUCAAAAGUUAAAAAAAAGAGAUUAAAUCGUUUUAAAUAUAUGUUAAAUUCUCUAUUUCUUUAAUAUUUAUAUAAUAUUGAACAUUUGGUUGUUUUAUUGAUUUCUAAUUAUGUUCUCUAAGUGAAACAAUUAUUAAUUAUUAAUUAUUAAUUAUUAAUUGGUUUGUUAUAAUCGGGUGCUGAACUCGAGAAGAUGAUAAUCUUCUUCACAAAUGGAAUUUGUAAAUAUCACAAACAGAGGUAUAUUAUAAAUGUUCUAUCGAUUUAUAUAUCAACGACAUAAGCGAUGAAAUCAUUGGUAUUUAAGAGGAAACGCAAUAACUUGUCCAUUAGAUGUAUAGCGAUAAAAUAGUUCUGUACGCAAUAAGAUUAUUGUUUCAAAAACUCUGCGUACUGUAUAUACAGUAAACUUGUCCAUUGGGCGUGCAUA